UGCCACCUGUCAGUGUCCAUCAGUGCCUUGUGUCAGUGCUCAUCAGUGCCUUGUGCCAGUGCCCAUCAGUGCCACAUAAAUGCCACAUAUCAGUGCCCCGUGCCAGUGCACAUCAAUGCCACAUAUCAGUGCCCAUCUGAGCUGCCUUUCAGUGUCACCCAUCAGUGCCAGUCAGUGCCACCUAUCAAUGCCAAUCAUCAGUGCCGCCUAUCAGUGCGCAUCAGUGCCGCCUAACAGUGCCAGUCAGUGCCACCUAACAGUGCCGCCUAUCAGUGCCAUGUAUCAAUGCUGCCUUUCAGUGCCCAUCAGUGAUGCC